ACGGCUUGUCGUCUCAGCGAAGUCUAAAAACGUGUUUUACUCCUCGCUAAAAAAUCGCUAUUGCGACUAUACUGCUGUACGGACUGGUGGUAACCGGAGAAAUUCAGCGGCGCAGCACCCUCGCCGUUAAAACACGCGUUUUUUUAAGAUCUCCGGCGUCGUCUGGCCAAUGGUGGUGAGAGGUGAAAGUUGAAGUUGAAGCCGAAUUGCUGGCCUCAUAUUCGGAGCGGUGGUUUAGGUGCGCGAAUUCAGAUCUUCCAUGGCCGUUCCAGUGGAGGAAGCCAUUGCGGCGCUGUCCACAUUUUCGUUGGAGGAUGAUCAACCAGAAAUUCAGGGGCCAGGGUUUUGGGUUUCAGCUGAAAGAGGCGCGACGACGAGCCCCAUCGAGUAUAGUGAUGUGGCUGCCUACCGAUUAUCUUUGUCCGAGGACACAAAAUCCAUAAAUCAACUGAAUCUGCUUAUACGAGAGGGCAAGGAAAUGGGUUCAGUGCUCUACACAUAUAGGAGUUGCGUUAAAGCACUUCCUCAGCUUCCAGAUUCUAUGAAACAAAGUCAGGCAGACUUGUAUCUAGAAACUUACCAAGUUUUAGACCUAGAGAUGAGUCGCUUGCGGGAAAUCCAGCGGUGGCAAGCAUCAGCUGCAUCGAAACUAGCAGCUGAUAUGCAGCGGUUUUCGAGGCCAGAGCGGCGCAUCAAUGGUCCUACUAUAACACAUCUAUGGUCCAUGUUGAAGUUGCUAGAUGUAUUAGUACAGCUUGAUCAUCUAAAAAAUGCCAAGGCUAGCAUUCCUAAUGAUUUUUCUUGGUACAAACGGACAUUUACACAAGUCAGUGUUCAGUGGCAAGAUACUGAUUCAAUGAGAGAAGAACUAGAUGAUUUGCAGAUCUUUUUGAGCACAAGGUGGGCUAUUUUGUUGAAUUUGCAUGUGGAAAUGUUUCGGUUCAACAAUGUUGAAGACAUUCUCCAAGUUCUCAUAGUGUUUGCUGUUGAGUCCCUGGAGUUAAAUUUUGCUCUUCUCUUCUCCGAGCGCCACAUUCUUCUUCGUGUUUUGCCUGUUCUUGUUGUCUUGGCAGCUUCAUCAGAGAAAGAUAGCGAAUCGCUGUACAAGCGAGUAAAAAUUCACAGAUUGAUUAAUAUAUUUAAGAAUGAUCCUGUCAUCCCUGCAUUUCCAGACCUUCACCUUUCUCCUGCGGCAAUACUGAAAGAGCUAUCAUCAUACUUUCCAAAAUUUUCUGCACAAACUCGUCUACUUGGUCUUCCUUCACCACAUGAGUUGCCACCUCGGGAGGCACAAGAUUAUCAGCGUCAUUAUUUGAUUGUCAAUCACAUUGGGGCAAUUCGUGCUGAACAUGAUGACUUCUCAAUUCGCUUUGCUUCUGCCAUGAAUCAGCUUGGACUAUUGAGGUCAAUGGAAAGUGCAGAUUUGGAGUGGGCAAAGGAAGUCAAAGGAAACGUCUAUGAUAUGGUUGUUGAGGGCUUGCAGCUUUUAAGUAGAUGGACUACACGUGUAUGGGAGCAAUGUGCAUGGAAAUUUUCACGCCCAUGCAAAGAUCCCAUUUCUACAGAGUCAACUGAAACAACAGCGACAUACUCAGACUAUGAGAAGGUGGUACGAUAUAAUUACAGUGCUGAGGAAAGAAAAGCCUUGGUAGAACUUGUAAGCUACAUCAAAGGAAUCGGAACUUUAAUGCAAAAAUCAGAUACAUUGGUGGCAGAUGCCUUGUGGGAGACUGUUCAUGCGGAGGUCCAAGAUUUUGUACAAAAUAUACUGGCUACUAUGCUGAGAACAACCUUCCGAAAGAAGAAAGACCUUUCGAGGAUUCUGUCUGAUAUGCGGACACUUUCAGCAGAUUGGAUGGCAAAUACAAGCAGGCCUGAUUCUGAAAUGCAGUCAUUUCCGCAAGGAGGUGAAGAAAAUAGAGGGAACUUCUUUUAUCCAAGAGCAGUAGCUCCAACAGCCGCUCAGGUCCAUUGCCUGCAAUUUUUGAUUUAUGAGGUGGUUUCUGGAGGCAACAUGAGGAAGCCUGGUGGCCUUUUUGGCAAUACUGGAUCUGACAUUCCAGUCAAUGAUUUGAAACAGCUGGAAAUCUUCUUCUACAAGCUUGGAUUUUUCUUAAAUGUACUGGAUUAUACAGCCACAGUUGCGAAUUUGACAGAUCUUGGUUUCUUAUGGUUCAGAGAGUUUUACUUGGAAUCUUCUCGAGUAAUACAGUUUCCUAUUGAGUGCUCACUUCCGUGGAUUCUAGUGGACCAUGUGUUAGAAUCUCAAAAUGCAGGCCUUCUUGAGAGUGUCUUGAUGCCCUUUGACAUCUAUAACGAUGCUGCUCAACAGGCCCUGGUGGUGUAUAAGCAGCGAUUCCUUUAUGAUGAAGUUGAAGCAGAGGCAGACAAUUGUUUUGACAUAUUUAUAUCAAAAUUAUGUGAUACUAUUUUCACAUACUACAAGAGCUGGGCAGCAAGUGAAUUAUUGGAUCCAUCGUUCCUCUUUGCCUUAGACAUUGGCGAGAAGUUUUCGGUCAAACCAAAGAGAUUCACUACACUAUUUAAGCUGACAAGAGUGAAGUUACUUGGGCGGUCUAUCAACUUGAGAAGUUUGAUAUCUGAGAGGAUAAAUAAAGUAUGCCGGGAGAACAUUGAAUUUUUGUUUGAUCGAUUUGAAUCUCAGGAUCUAUGUUCUAUUGUGGAACUAGAAAAGCUUCUUGAAAUUCUGCGGCUUGCGCAUGAAUUACUAUCCAAAGAGUUGAACCUUGAUUCAUUUAGCCUCAUGUUGAGUGAAAUGCAAGAGAAUGUGUCACUUGUUUCAUAUUCUAGCAGACUUGCUUCUCAGAUUUGGACAGAGAUGCAAAAUGACUUUUUGCCUAAUUUUAUCCUGUGUAAUACAACUCAGCGAUUUGUUAGAUCAUCAAGAGUGCCUCCUGUACCUCUUCAGAAGCCAUCAGUUCCACAUGCAAAGCCAAACUUCUAUUGUGGUACCCAAGAACUGAAUUCUGCAUACCAGAGCUUCGCCAGAUUACACAGUGCAUUUUUUGGUAUUCCUCACAUGUACUCCAUUGUGAGACUUCUGGGUUCCAGAUCAUUGCCAUGGCUCAUUCGAGCUCUAUUAGAUCAUUUAUCAAACAAGAUUACAACCCUUGAACCAUUGAUCACAGCACUGCAAGAGGCUUUACCCAAAUCUAUUGGAUUGCUUCCUUUCGAUGGAGGCGUGUCAGGUUGUGUAAGGGUCGUCCAGGAACAUCUUAACUGCUGGCAGUCAAAAUUGGACGUGAAAAUUGAGGCUCUCCGAGGAAUAAAGGAAAUUGGAAGCAUUCUAUACUGGAUGAGUUUGCUUGAUAUUGUUUUGAGAGAAGUCGACACUAGCCAAUUCAUGCAAACUGCCCCUUGGCUAGGCCUAAUUCCCGGUGGCGACGGACAAAUUGUGCAAUACCAGGACGGGGAAGACAGCCCCAUCAUCAGUCUAUUCAAAUCUGUAGCUGCCGCCAUUGCAUCAAAUCCAGGCAUCUCAAAUCCAUUAUCAUUCCGCGUCUUGUCAAGGCAGGCAGAAGCUGCUGAUCUGCUGUACAAGUCAAACAUCAAUGCUGGAAGCGUCCUCGAAUACUCACUAGCCUUCACAAGUGCUGCGAUGGAUAAAUAUUGUAGCAAAUGGAGCGUGAUUCCCAAGACAGGGUUUGUCGACAUCACAACCUCCAAGGAUUUCUACAGGAUAUAUAGUGGCCUCCAAAUCGAAUAUCUACAGGAAUCGGUUCAGUCACAGGCAAGCCACCACGGCGCACCGGGAGACUCCAUUGCUUGGGGCGCCUGCACAAUCAUAUAUUUACUCGGCCAGCAAUUGCAUUUCGAACUGUUCGACUUCUCCCAUCAGGUCCUCAACAUUGCGGAGGUUGAAGCUGCCGCAAACUCAUCAGCCCACCGGAAUUCCCAAUUAUCUCAGGGCUCGGAAAUCCUGCUGGAGGCCAUGAAGAAAGCCCGGAGGCUGAACAACCACGUCUUCUCGAUGCUGAAAGCACGGUGCCCCUUGGAGGACAAGCAGGCCUGCGCUAUAAAGCAGAGCGGCGCGCCAUUGCAUCGGAUCAAGUUUGAGAAUACUGUGUCGGCGUUCGAAACUCUACCGCAGAAAGGCCUCUGAGCUGAUAUUGUUUGUGCAACAGGUUUGUUGCGUUCAUCGGUUUAUGUCUCCCUUUUGUAAUAUUUGAUGUGUUGUUUUUCGACAAUUUGGAAGCUGUAGUGUUCUUGUGAUAUUUUUCCAUAUUUUGCAAAGUUUGGUUUUCAAUUC